UUUUUUCCGAUUUCGUAGUGUCUGUGACCAUGUCUGAAACUGCGCCUGUAGUUGCAGCAGUAGCUGCUCCUGUUCCAGUCUCCAAGGCUCCAGCUAAAAAGGCAAAGAAGGCGGCAGCGGGUUCGAAACUCCGGAAGCCCUCGGGCCCCAGCGUGACCGAGCUGAUUACUAAGGCAGUGUCAGCCUCUAAGGAACGCAAAGGGCUCUCUUUAGCUGCUCUUAAGAAAGUUCUGGCAGCUGGAGGGUACGAUGUAGAAAAAAACAAUAGUCGUAUUAAGCUUGGGCUGAAAAGUCUGGUGAACAAAGGCGUUUUGGUACAGACCAAAGGUACCGGUGCCUCGGGUUCCUUCAAACUCAGCAAGAAGCCGGGUGAGACAAAGGAAAAGGCACCUAAGAAAAAGCCAGCGGCAAAGCCUAAGAAACCAGCUGCCAAGAAACCCGCCAGCACCGCCAAGAAGCCUAAGAAAGCUGCGGCCGUAAAAAAGAGCCCGAAAAAAGCCAAGAAACCAGCGGCUGCCGCAGCCAAGAAAGCAGCCAAGAGCCCGAAAAAGGCCAAACCUACCAAACCCAAAAAGGCAGCUAAGAGCCCGGCUAAGGCCAAGGCGGUGAAGCCCAAGGCUGCCAAGCCCAAGCCAACCAAACCUAAAGCAGCAAAGGCUAAGAAGGCAGCGCCUAAGAAGAAGUGAAACUGUUUGAAGAGAAAAUUAGAGUCUCGAGCAAACAAACCCAACGGCUCUUUUAAGAGCCACCCACCCUCUCCCCGAAGGAGCUGAAACACCUAGUGUACUGCGUAUCAAAGGUUGCUUUGGUGGAGGACCUGCUUUAGCAGUUAACAUUCCAAAAGAGCUCAUACUCUUUCUAUACAGUUUAAGAAACCACUUUAAUAUCUCUGAACCAGAAACAAUUUAGAAAAAUCUGUAAAAUUGGUUGGAUGAAAUUUUUUAAAUCCAUGCUAGGAGGGAUUCUAGCCUUUAUUUCUAUUUAGACUUUCUGCUGUUAGAUCUCGUCCUGCCAGCUAAGAACGAAAAUCUGCUAGUAAUUUAGAACGCCCUUCUCUCGGUCUAUUUUGCCUAGCUGUUGAGAAUGUAGCACCGGUUGUCUUUUUGCGGGUUUGGGGGAAAAUGUCCGCGCUUUUUAGCAAUUGGAUAAUUUGAAAAAUCCGCGUUUUAAAAGGAUUGGUCAAUGACACCCUUUCCCUUCCGCCCCUUUUUCAGUUUUGAAUUAAGUGAAUCCAUGCCCUUUACACCAGAAUUUCAUCUGUACUGGUAACUUUCAAAAUUACACCAAUUUUUCUAAAUUUAAUUCUCGAUUUUUAACUGAUCU